CAAUACUUGUCGUUCACCCUACCUCGUUAGUAGAAAUGGCUUGCGCUGAACAAGGGCAUGUAAAGAGCGUGUUUGUAGAAGUGGAAGUCACAGAAAUAUUAGCCGUGGCAAAGAAGAGCCAUAAACCAGAAGUGCAUAAUGUGUUGGUGCACUACAAACACAUAGAAAAGAACCAUGAAUUCGAAACUAAGUCUAGGGUUGCAAUGAAACUUCUUCCGAUACUCAUCACACCCAGGAAAAAAGACAAACAUGCACACAGGCACUUUUUUGACCAACGAGAAGAAUCUGCCUCAACGCAGAGCUCGAUCGAUGAAAUUAAACGGCCAGCUCCAUUUAUUCUCGCCAUCGGGGCUGAGCUGUAUGUUGUGACAGCUGGGCAAGUUUUUUUUAAAUUUGGAUCCCAAAGUAGUACCGAGGCCAUUCUAGCCCUACUUGCCGCAUACUACAUAUUUGAUCUCGAGUACAGCAAGUACGUCAAGUCAGCUCUAUUUUUCCUCCAAAGUUAUUGCCUGAAGGAGCCCGAUCGUGUCACAAACUCUUGUUCGGCACUGAAUGUGUUCUUGAGUCUCAUCGAAUGCUACAAAGAUCGAAGUAGUCAGUAAGUAUACAG